CAAUAAAGCGAAAGUGAAAUUGUUUCUUUCCUCCCGUGACCCUCGUCGAAAAGGCUGUCGUUUUCAUUUAUGAUAUAAUGAUAGCUUUGUCUGAUUUUAAAACAUGAUGGACAUUCUUACCUGUAUUUUAAGACCACUUCUUAUUAUGAUGGUCGCUGAUGGGUUGAUUGUGCACGGUCCCUCUGAUCCUCUGGUUGCUCCUCUGGGAUCUUCAGUGGUUUUGCCCUGUUAUGUUGAUGAACUCUUAUCAAUGAAGGAUCUGGAGGUGGAAUGGAGAAGAACAGGCUCAGAGACUCUGGUUCAUCUGUAUCAAGAUGGUGAGAGUCGACCAGAGUCCCAGCAUCAGGAUUAUCGUGAUAGAGCUCAUUUCUUUACUGAUCAGAUUCAACAUGGAAACUUCUCCCUCCGUCUGGACAAUCUGAGACCUGAAGAUGAGGAAAAAUACAUCUGUAAAGUUUACAGUCAGAAGGAUUCUGGAGAAACUGUGGUUCAAAUAAAGCAUGAGCGUUUGCUAGUAUCCGGAUCAGAUCGGUCUGUGUCUGCAUAUGUUGGUGAGGACGUCACUCUGAACUGCUCUGUGGACUCUCACAUCACACCUGAACACAUUGAAGAGGUUUCAUGGAAGAAAACAGAUGAAGAUGAAGAUAUUCUAGUUCUUCUGUACCAAAACAAUCAGACUUUUCCAGAUGCAUCACAUGAGAGAUACAGAGACAGAGUCAAGUUAUUCACUGCACAAAUCCCCAAAGGAAACUUCUCUCUCAGACUGAAGAGUGUCAGAACUGAGGAUAAAGGAGUUUACAUGUGUAAAGUGUUUGCUGGAGGACUUUCAGCCAAUGCAACUGUAGUUCUGGAGCAACUGGGUUUCUCUUCUUGGCACAUAGCCGUGUUGUUCUUCUGUUUCGCUGCUGGCUCUGGAGCUGUGCUUCUGCUCCUCUCUCUGAUCUACUGCAGAUCAGAUAACACUGUUUCCACAAGCAACAAAAUCAGGAAACUUGAGCUUUAUUUGGUCUUUUGUCCAAACAUCUGUAUGUUCUUGGCCUUCAUCCUCUGGGGCUUUACUGAAGGAUUUCUAUAUGAGACGAUUUUUUGCUGUGCUCUUUAUAUUCUGAGGCCUCUGACAUUGAUUUAUGUUGCAUCAUAUUUAGAGAAGAUGUCAGGAAUCUACCUUCGCUCUGAAUUGUUUAUUUUUAUGAUGGUCUAUUUUUCAGUUCUUUUGAGUCGAGCUUGGGGAAAUAUUGGACAUUAUGCAGAGUCUGAAAAAAUAACACUAAUAGCUGUGUUUGUAGUCAUGAUUCUGCUCUUUGUCAUCAACUUCAUUUACUUAUUUACUGAAAUCAAUGAGAUGUCAUGUCGUGGAGAGAUAUGUGAAUGGAUAUGGAAUAAAUUAACCUUUAUAGCUGCAUUCAGCUUUUUCAUUCUGCCUUCAUUACAAUUCACCCUCCUGUUCAUCGCUUUCAGAGCCACUGGAGGAGGGUUUUUGAUCUCCAUCAUUUUCCCGUUCUUAUUUUUUCUGACAUUCACCUGUUUACCAAAAAGCCAAGAUAAAAGCUGUUCAAAUAUGCUCAAUGUAAUAUCGUGGAUGAUGGUCAUGUUUAUCAUGACUGCAGUAAUGAUGUAUUUCUACAUCGCAGCACUGAAAAAUGAAAAAGAUGGAGCAGGAUGGACCUGUACAGCUGUAUUUGUGCAAGUGCUGUGGAUGAUCGGAAUGUACAUUCAUAUUACUGAAGAUCUGGAUCUCACCAUUAAAAAGAUGCUGUUUGUGUUUGGAUCAGUUGGGGUUGUUUUACUGAACUCUGUUACACUGAUGACUGAACUGAUCCUGAAAACAGUUCAUGGAGAGCGUGUGGUGGACAUGAGAGUCGUCGUCUUCACCUCUGAAAGUCUCUUUGUGUUUGCUCUGCUGGUUUUACUCUUGUUUCAAUCCUGGAUUUCUGAUAUAAAGUGCCAGCAAUGUUGUCAGAAAGCAGUGAUGACUGAAUCAAACCAGAACCAGGAUUCACAGACUGAGGAUCUGGAGGCUGUAGGACUGACAUGA